UUUUGUUUUCGAUUUGUGUCUCUCGACAAAGAAGCAUUAUUGAGAACUGAACAGUGAACAAACAAAGAAGCAUUAUAUGAGAAAGUGAAUACUCUGUUAUCUCUGAUACCACAAACAAAGAUUAGGCAUGGGUGCUUAUUGCAACGGCGACGUUUCGUUGCCUCCUUCCUCUGAUAUCAGGCUUCACAAGCACGUUCACGACAACCUCCAUGGCAAUAUUUUUCUCGAUCCUCUCAGUUUGAAGUUCAUAGACACUGAGCAGUUUCAGAGGCUUCGCGAGUUGAAACAACUUGGUUUCACGAACCUGGUUUAUCCAGGUGCUGUGCAUUCCAGAUUUGAGCAUUCUCUUGGUGUGUAUUGGCUUGCUGGUCAAUGUGUUGAAAAGCUUAAAUCUUAUCAGGGCACGGUGCUUGGUAUUGAUAGAUUUGAUAUUCAAACAGUGAAACUUGCAGGACUUAUGCAUGAUGUGGGACAUGGGCCUUUCAGUCACUUGUUUGAACGCGAGUUUCUACCCCAAGUUAUCAGUGGUUCUCAUUGGUCGCAUGAACAAAUGUCUGUCAAUAUGGUUGAUUAUAUGGUUGAUGAACACAAUAUUGAUGUUGACCCUCAGAUGAUAAGAAGAGUCAAGGAGAUGAUACUGGCGAGCUCUGAGUUUGCUCUUCCUAGGAGCUCAAGUGAGAAAGGUUUCUUGUAUGAUAUUGUUGCAAAUGGACGGAAUGGAAUUGAUGUUGACAAAUUCGAUUAUAUUGGCCGGGACUGUCGAGCUUGUGGUCUGGGAUGCAACUUUCAAUAUCAGAGGUUAUUUGAGACCAUGCGGGUAUUGGACGAUGAGAUAUGUUAUCGUGCUACGGAAUAUCUUACCAUCCACAAGUUGUUUGCCACUCGUGCUGAUCUGUAUAGAACAGUUUAUACACAUUCAAAAGUAAAGGCAAUAGAGCUUAUGGUGGUUGAUGCACUUGUUCAGGCAAAUAAUUAUUUGGAGAUUUCAUCUCACAUUCUAAAUCCUUCUGAAUACUGGAAGCUAGAUGACUCAAUAAUUAAAACCAUUGAGACAGCUCCAAAUCAAGAGCUAAAGGAAGCCAGGGAGUUGAUCCUGCGCAUUCGAAGGAGGAAUCUGUACCAGUUUUGUAAUGAGUAUGUUGUACCAAAGGAUAUGUUGGACAAUUUUAAGAAAGUCACUGCCCAAGAUAUUGUUUGUUCCCAGAAGAGUGGCGGAGUUAUGCUGAAAGAGGAGGAUGUAGCUGUUUGUAAUGUCAAAAUUGAUUUUACUCGUGGAAAGCAUAAUCCUCUGGAAAGCAUCAACUUUUUCAAGGAAAGUGAAAGUGAUGAGAAAUUUCAAAUACCUGAUGACCGUAUAAGCCACUUGCUGCCCACAUAUUAUCAAGAUAUGAUAGUUAGGGUGUACUCCAAAAAGCCAGAACUGGUGGAGGCAAUUUCAGAGGCUUUUGAAAAUUUUCAGUUAAAAACAUAUGGGAUCAAAGCCCAGGUACAUUCAACACCAGAGAAGAAGAAGCGUCGUUACAAUUCAUGUAUAUGAUGGCUAUCUCUUUUGUUUUAUUAUUAUUAUCUUGGGCUCUCUUCAUUCUUCCCCCUAUUUGGUGAUCUGCUUCUUUUCCUUCUCAUUUAAGUAUAUAAGUACUUAUAUUUUCCACAAUUGAAAUAUAGUUUGGGUCAUAGCAGCUGUCUUUGUUUGAAAGAUGGUGUUAUUUCCACACCAGAAACGAAUGAUACACACUUUGAAGCCUGUAAUUAAGCUUACCAAUAUCAAAAACUUAAUUACAUGUAUAUCAGUUAAUUUUUCAA